ACCGGCUGCAGUCGCAGUUGUGGUGGCGGAGGUGGUGGCCACCAAGGCUCAGCCACCUGCAUCCGGGCGCUGAACUGCAGCGGCAGCAUUGCCAUGCGGACCCGGCGGACCCGGAACCCCCGGGGACCCCGCUGGGCUUGGCGUUGGCGCCGGCACAACGCCCCGCCGCGCUGCGACUUGGUCCGCCGAGAGCGCCGCCCCGGGCUUUGUCCGUGACCGCUCGGCGGAGCAUGGGCAGGCGGGAAACCUGGGCUCCAGGGGAGACCCUGCAAAUGCCUUCCCCCACGUCCUCCUCCCGACCCUUACCGUAAGCGGGAAGAAACUUAGCGUGCGAGGCGGACAGGGGAUGCCCCCAUUCUGAUGCCCCGCGCCCUCACCCCUCCGGAUCCGUGUAGUAAAGACACUCCCGCAGGAAGCUGCCUGCCUCUUCGUUUGCGGCUUCUUGGGGGCUUUUGCUUUUAGGUGGAAAGUUGGCUUUGCCACAAGAAGCCCGUGUGGGGAGGGCAGAAAGGAGACCCUCUAUUCCGUCGCGCAGGGCGCUCGGAGUCCACGGCAAAGCGGCCUACGAGUCCUGGCCCCGCACCUGCCAAGGAUACGAGCCAGCGCUUAAAAAAGAACAGCGGAGGAACCGGGCGGCGCGGCCAGCUGGAACGCCGGAGAGGAGCGCGGAGGGAAGGCCCGGGCUCCCGCCGCCCGGCCCGGUGCGCCGCCGUCCUCUCGCCGGCCACACGCGCGGCUGCCUUCCAGACCUGGGGCGUCCUGGCUAGAUCUGGGUACCAGGUCCCCGCCACCACCCCCACCUCACCCCGGGUUCCGGGGGCGUGGCUUGGCGCGGGGGCGGGUUUCAGUGGCAGCGGGUGUCUGACCGCUCUGACAGGUCUCCAAAUUCCUCCCAGUCGCCUGACGCCCGCAGCGCUCUUCAGAGCACCAGGGUGGCGCGCGCCGCCGCUUCCCUGGCUCUAGAGACGUCUCUGUCUACUUCCACGCGUCCUCGGCCUCCCUUCUCGUCCAAACCUGAUACUCGCCGCACCGCCAAGCUUCGGGUCUCAGCUUCAGAGAUCCGCACCAGUGGCUUCGCUUCGUUCUCAGAGCUGUUGCUUUGGAGCCCACCCCACUUCUUCCUUCCCUCGCCUCCCGCUCCUCCUAGCUCCGGGCCAGAUGGACUUCAAAGAGCAAAGCGAAGAGCAUGGGGACUGUGUGCUGCGACCCCCCGGAAGCACAACUGGAAGCCUUAACCUCGGCUUAUAGCCGAGGCUGGAACCCUGGGGCUAGUGUCCCCCCACCUCCCUCCCCGAGGGAUGCUUCUGGCCAGAGCCAGCGCUGCGCUGUCAGUCCUCGCUCUGGAUCCAGAAACGAGCCCAGGAGGGAGACUCAGCACACCCCUUCCUUCAAAUUAACUGUUUGGUGACUUGCUAGCGCUGAGGUUACCACCUCUCCAACCCUCCCUCGGGGCGCUCCGCCACCUCACUUUCCACCCUCCCUUCUCCCCCAUCGUUGCCCCCGCCCCCAGCUCCGCCCCAGCUCCCCAUCCCGGCCGCAGUGGAGUUCUCCGAGGGGUGAUGAAUCCAGCCACAGCUGCUAACUUCGCACCCAUCGCUGCCGCCGGUCGCCCCCGGCCAGCCCCGCGGCAGCCGCCGAGCGGUAGGUGGCCGGAGCCCGGUGCCGCAGCCGGACCCGCCCGACGCGCAGCAGAAGCGCGGCGCCCAGGCGCCUCUUGGAGAGCAAGACUGAGCCAAGACGCUGAGCCUAGAACCAACCAAAAAGCCUGAGCCGGGAAGGGGGCUGCGUAGCUCGGAGCGCCACGGCUUCUGCGGACAAAUAGCCACCACCGCCGCUGCGUACCCAAGCUGCGCGGGCUGGCUGGAGGGCGGCGCGCAAAGACGCAAGGGGUCUGCUGAGACCUUCCGGGCGCCUUUUGCCCCUGGGCACAGUAUGACCUGACCUGAGGGGUCCCGCUGCCCAGGGCUCCUGCAGCAGGGCUUGCUGCAACCUCCAACCAGGCUUUCUUCCAGUCUUUAGGAAUUCCUUCCUUCAACUGCCUCCCCAGGUUCUGCGCCUCCUUCCCUGCGGCCCAGCGCCAUGGAGCUCUCCGAUGUGCGCUGCCUUGGCGGCAGCGAGGAACUCUACACCAUACACCCGACGCCCCCGGCCGGCGACGGAGGGAGCGGCUCCCGGCCGCAGCGGCUGCUGUGGCAAACGGCGGUGCGGCACAUCACCGAGCAGCGCUUCAUUCACGGGCACCGGGGCGGCGGCGGCCGCGGCGGCGGCGGCGGCGGGAGCGGAGGCUCGGGCAAAGCCUCGAACCCUGCGGGCGGCGGCCCCAACCAUCAUGCGCCGCAGCUGUCCGGCGACUCGGCGUUGCCCCUCUACUCGCUGGGCCCAGGGGAGCGAGCGCACAGCACUGGCGGCACCAAAGUCUUCCCCGAACGCAGCGGGAGCGGCAGCGCCAGCGGCAGCGGCGGCGGGGGCGACCUGGGCUUCCUGCACCUUGACUGCGCCCCGAGCAACUCGGAUUUCUUCCUCAGUGGGGGCUAUAGCUACCGAGGGGUCAUUUUCCCCACGCUGCGCAACUCCUUCAAGUCUCGGGAUCUGGAGCGCCUCUACCAGCGGUAUUUCCUGGGCCAGAGGCGCAAAUCGGAGGUGGUGAUGAACGUGCUGGACGUGCUGACCAAACUCACCCUCUUGGUCCUCCACUUGAGCCUGGCCUCGGCCCCCAUGGACCCGCUCAAGGGCAUCCUGCUGGGCUUCUUCACUGGCAUUGAGGUGGUGAUCUGCGCCCUGGUCGUGGUCAGGAAGGACACCACCUCGCACACAUACCUUCAGUACAGCGGUGUGGUCACCUGGGUGGCCAUGACCACCCAGAUCCUGGCCGCAGGCCUCGGCUACGGGCUCCUGGGCGACGGCAUAGGCUACGUGCUCUUCACGCUCUUCGCCACCUAUAGCAUGCUGCCGCUGCCGCUCACCUGGGCCAUCCUGGCUGGCCUGAGCACCUCGCUGCUGCAGGUGAUCCUCCAGGUGGUCAUCCCCCGGCUGGCGGUCAUUUCCAUCAACCAGGUUGUGGCCCAGGCAGUGUUAUUUAUGUGCAUGAACACAGCUGGAAUCUUCAUCAGUUACCUGUCAGACCGGGCCCAGCGCCAAGCCUUCCUGGAGACGCGGAGGUGUGUGGAGGCCAGGCUGCGCCUGGAGACAGAGAACCAAAGACAGGAGCGGCUCGUGCUGUCUGUGCUCCCCCGGUUUGUUGUCCUGGAAAUGAUCAAUGACAUGACCAAUGUGGAAGACGAGCACCUGCAGCACCAGUUCCAUCGCAUCUACAUCCAUCGCUAUGAGAAUGUUAGUAUUCUUUUUGCAGAUGUUAAAGGAUUUACCAACCUCUCCACGACCUUGUCCGCUCAGGAGCUGGUCAGGAUGCUCAACGAGCUCUUUGCCAGAUUUGAUCGACUGGCCCAUGAGCAUCACUGCCUGCGUAUUAAAAUCCUGGGGGACUGCUACUACUGCGUUUCCGGACUUCCUGAGCCCCGCCAGGACCAUGCCCACUGCUGUGUCGAAAUGGGCCUCAGCAUGAUCAAAACCAUCAGGUAUGUGAGAUCAACGACAAAGCAAGAUGUUGAUAUGCGGAUUGGAAUCCACUCAGGCUCAGUGCUAUGCGGCGUGUUGGGACUGAGGAAGUGGCAGUUUGAUGUCUGGUCUUGGGAUGUGGACAUUGCAAACAAACUGGAAUCUGGAGGAAUCCCCGGGAGGAUUCACAUUUCCAAAGCCACGCUGGACUGCCUCAACGGUGACUAUAAUGUAGAAGAGGGUCAUGGUAAAGAGAGGAACGAAUUCUUGAGGAAGCAUAAUAUAGAGACCUAUUUAAUUAAGCAGCCUGAGGAGAGUCUGCUGUCCUUGCCCGAAGACAUAAUCAAGGAGUCCGUGAGCUCCUCAGACAGGAGAAAUAGUGGGGCGACGUUCACAGAAGGAUCCUGGAGCCCCGAGCUGCCCUUUGAUAACAUCGUGGGGAAACAGAAUACUCUGGCUGCCCUAACAAGAAAUUCAAUAAAUCUGCUUCCAAACCAUCUUGCACAAGCUUUGCAUGUCCAGUCUGGGCCUGAGGAAAUUAACAAGAGAAUAGAACAUACCAUCGACUUGCGAAGUGGCGAUAAAUUGAGAAGAGAGCAUAUCAAGCCAUUCUCACUGAUGUUUAAAGACUCCAGCCUGGAGCACAAGUAUUCUCAAAUGAGGGAUGAAGUAUUCAAGUCCAACCUGGUCUGUGCAUUUAUCGUUCUUCUAUUUAUCACAGCAAUACAAAGUUUGCUUCCUUCUUCAAGAGUGAUGCCAAUGACCAUCCAGUUCUCCAUCCUGAUUAUGCUGCACUCGGCUCUAGUCCUCAUCACCACAGCAGAGGAUUAUAAGUGUUUGCCCCUCAUCCUCCGGAAAACUUGCUGUUGGAUCAACGAGACCUAUUUGGCCCGGAACGUCAUCAUCUUUGCAUCCAUCUUGAUUAAUUUCCUGGGUGCCGUCCUCAAUAUCCUGUGGUGUGAUUUUGACAAGUCGAUACCCUUGAAGAACCUGACUUUCAAUUCCUCAGCUGUGUUUACAGAUAUCUGCUCCUACCCAGAGUACUUCGUCUUCACGGGGGUGCUGGCCAUGGUGACCUGUGCGGUGUUCCUCCGGCUCAACUCCGUCCUGAAGCUGGCUGUGCUGCUGAUUAUGAUCGCCAUCUACGCCCUGCUGACUGAGACGGUCUAUGCGGGUCUCUUCCUGCGCUACGACAACCUGAACCACAGUGGAGAGGAUUUCCUGGGGACCAAGGAGGCGUCGCUGCUGCUGAUGGCAAUGUUCCUCCUUGCUGUAUUCUACCAUGGACAGCAGCUGGAGUACACAGCCCGCCUGGACUUCCUCUGGCGAGUACAGGCCAAAGAGGAGAUCAACGAGAUGAAGGAGCUGAGGGAACACAAUGAAAACAUGCUCCGGAAUAUCCUACCCAGUCAUGUGGCCCGUCAUUUCCUGGAGAAAGACCGAGACAAUGAGGAGCUGUAUUCUCAAUCCUACGACGCUGUUGGGGUGAUGUUUGCCUCCAUCCCAGGAUUUGCAGACUUUUACUCUCAGACUGAAAUGAAUAACCAGGGAGUGGAAUGCCUGCGCCUGCUAAAUGAGAUCAUUGCUGACUUCGAUGAGUUACUCGGCGAAGACCGCUUUCAAGACAUUGAAAAGAUUAAGACCAUUGGCAGCACCUACAUGGCUGUGUCAGGCCUGUCACCUGAAAAACAGCAAUGUGAAGACAAAUGGGAGCAUUUGUGUGCCCUGGCCGACUUCUCCCUCGCCCUGGCCGAAAGCAUCCAGGAGAUCAACAAGCAUUCGUUCAACAAUUUUGAACUCCGGAUUGGCAUCAGCCAUGGCUCGGUGGUAGCUGGCGUCAUCGGAGCUAAGAAGCCACAGUAUGACAUUUGGGGCAAAACUGUGAACCUGGCAAGCCGAAUGGACAGCACAGGGGUUAGUGGCCGGAUCCAAGUCCCGGAGGAGACCUAUCUCAUCCUGAAGGACCAGGGCUUUGCCUUUGACUACCGAGGGGAGAUCUAUGUGAAGGGCAUCAGUGAACAGGAAGGAAAAAUCAAAACGUACUUUCUCCUGGGAAGAGUCCAACCCAACCCAUUCAUCCUGCCCCCAAGAAGACUGCCCGGGCAAUACUCUUUGGCCGCAGUCGUCCUGGGCCUCGUCCAGUCCCUCAACAGGCAAAGGCAGAAGCAGCUCCUCAACGAGAACAACAGCACCGGGAUUAUCAAAGGUCAUUACAGCCGGCGGACUUUGCUGACACCCACCGGGACGGAGCCUGGAGCCCCAGCCGAAGGCACCGACAAAUCCGAUUUGCCAUAAAAAGCAUUUUCUUUGUGUUUCUUUUUUUUUUUUUUUUGUAUUUCUUUUAUAUAUAAAAUAAAUAUACUAAUAAAAAGGUUUAAUUUUUUUUAGAACAA